ACUCAUUCUGUUAAAAUGCUUAAAGUUGCUGUUAUCGGUUGUGGAGCUGUAGGUUUGACUACGGCUCUCUGUUUGCAAGAAAAAUUGGGAAAUGGAGCAACUAUACAAAUUUUUACGACGAAAGUAAGUCCCAAUACGACAAGCGAUAUCGCGGCAGGCCUUUGGGAACCUUUAGUGCACACGUCAGAAAGUUCAGAAGACAAGAUAAUAAAGUGGGGAUUGUGUACUUACAAAUUUAUUAUUAAUUUGUGGAAAGAAGGAUAUGCGAAAAAUGCAGGGAUAGUAUUGCAACCAGUAAUUAAAGUAACCGAAGAUCCUAACUUUAUACCCCCGCAAUGGUUAAAAUAUACCCUUGGUUUUUCUGUUUUAUCAAAAGAUUAUUUAAAAAAACUUUCCAAAGACACCAACCACAAUUUUGCUGCUGGAAUACAAUUUGUAUCCUUCACCUGGGAAGCAUCGACAUUCCUACCGUAUCUACAGAAACAGUUUCUACAAAAAGGUGGACAAAUUAUAAAUAAAACGAUAGAAGAUUUGGAUAAACUUAAUGAUUUUGAUGUAAUUGUUAACUGCACAGGAAUAGGUGCAGCAAAAUUACUUCAAGACACACAUGUUUUUCCAAUUAGAGGUCAGAUAGCCAGAGUAGCGGCUCCUUGGUUGUUUUCCUCCAUAUGUGUCGAUAACAAUUACAUUAUACCGAACACAAAUUGCGUUAUACUGGGGGGAACGAAGCAAAGGGAAUAUAAUACACAAGUGUACGCGAUAGAUACACAACACAUCCUAAAAGGGUGUAUGAAUAUUGUGCCCUCAUUAGAAACGGCAGACAUCAUCAAAGAACAAGUGGGUUUACGACCUGGAAGAACAGAGUUGAGGCUAGAGUUAGAGCUUAGGAAUAUUAAAGGAAAGAUGGUCAGGGUGUUGCAUAAUUAUGGACACGGGGGCAGUGGAAUAACAUUAUCUAUUGGAUGCGCUAUGGAUGCUGUUGAUUUAAUUUUAAAGUCUAUAUUGAGUAACUCUAAAUUAUAAAAUAUACGCAUUAAAAAAUAGUGUUUAAAUAUACCUAUAUAAAAACAUUAUACAUUAUGUCCACGGAUAGAGGGCCCAGGGGGCAAAUGGACUAACAUUUUCAUUUUUCG